AUGAUAAUGGCGGACGGGAGCUCGGGGAGUGUUAUUCCAGGUGGCGAAAUCAUGGCCGUUGGUGAGGGUAAUAGCGGCGAUGGAGAGGAGGAGGAUUUGUCCAUAGAUAUCGAUAUGAUUUAUACAAUUCUUGAAGAAGAGCCUCCGCGUGCUUCUCCGAGUAGUAGAGGAGAUUUUUCAGACGAGAAUUUGCAAGUUGAGCCACUGCUGGAAGCUGGAAAUAGCCGAAACUGGCCGCAUCAAAGUGGGUCUCAGAUGAUAGAGGGGACAGAUGGGUUUGGUGGAGAAUCAAUUGAUUACACUGGGAAAGAAAUGAGCUCUUCUAUGCAUGCUUGCUCCAGAAGUAUUGGAGAGUUUUGUUUACCGUUUCAAGAGGAUCAGGGAACAAUGAGGGUACGAGUGUCGCAAUCAGAGACAGUGAGUUGCAGUACUGCAUCUACUACUUUUGCUGAUGGAGUGUCUAGCUGUGUUGCAGAUCAUGCAGAUGAUGCUUCACAUGGUCCUUGGAUGGACGGUUCAAAUGAGAAGUUUGGAUCCUGUGAUGCUUUAGUUAUUAAUAGCUUAGGAAAUCUAGAAUCUGAAAAUGAUAUUCAUAGAUCCUUGGACAUGCCCUUGAUGGAUACAAAUGUUUUUUCACAUGAUAUGGUUUCUACUAAUUCUGCUUACUGGCACCGUCCUGAUUUUAACAGCGAAUUUAAUGAUCAUUUUUCAGCAAUGCAAUGUGGUGUGAAUGGAUAUGAUGCACAUUAUACUGAUUCUCCACGUUUUGAUUUUUCUGUUGGUGUUAAUUUUGGAUUAUUGCCCAUUAAUCAAGAAAUUAAUGGAUUUCAACCUGAGAAUGCAUGCUCUGGAUCGGAGAUUUCGAUUAUGCCUUGCUCGGAUGUAAAUGGGGUGAAUGUUAAAUCCGAAGAUAAUGGCUAUAAGUUACCAAUCAGUGGAUAUUUUUCAUCAAGUGCUGAUGAUGGACUUAUUAAUGACAAGGCAUUGGUUAUGCCAUCCAGUUAUAUUCAGUUAGGCUUCUGUGAGGACCAAACAGUUUGUUUAGAGGAUGAAAAAAAUGAAGGAUUGGUUGCAUGUAAGAACAUGAAUUGGCAGUGUGGUGAGGGAGUUACUGAAGCUGUUGACAGAAAGUGUUCUUGGAGUGAUGGAAACAGUACUUUUGUUGAUGAAGACAAGCAGCAGUCAUCUUCAGGUGUUUUAUCAUCUGUGCAUACUCAGAAGCAUGUGAUUUACACUAAGGAUGACAGAGGGGGCAUGACUCUUGGAUCUUCAAGAGCUGAAGUUGAGGGGAUUGCUUGUAGGUUUCCCUUGGAUAGUGCAUAUUUGAAUUUAAAUGCUCCAGAGCAGCAUUUGCCUUUUGCUCAGGCAUCCAAUAUAAGCAACAUGCAGCUUAUUUGUGCUAAGGAUGAAAAACAGGGCAUACCGAUUCAGUCUAAGGCCUUGGGUUCUCAUCUUUCAAUAGUCAGCCCUGAAUCAAUUCAGAGUAAUUCGUCUGGUAGCAAAUCCCAUGUUGAUGAUGAUCCUGAUAUAUGUAUUCUUGAUGAUAUCAGUCAACCUGCAUGCCCAAACCAAUCUUUUGCUACUAGAAAGCCCUUGGUUCCUUUGCAACGCCCUACAUAUAACGAUUCACUUCAUCAUUCUGCAGUAGAAGGCACAAGGGUCAGGGCCAAUGAUGAGCGACUUGUACUUCGAGUUGCAUUGCAGGAUCUUUCUCAAACAAAGUCUGAAGCUCUUCCACCCGAUGGUGUUUUGGCAGUACCUCUUUUGAGACAUCAGCGAAUUGCUUUGUCAUGGAUGGUUCAGAAGGAAACAUCUAGCUUGCACUGUUGUGGAGGAAUUCUUGCAGAUGAUCAGGGGUUGGGAAAGACAGUAUCAACCAUUGCUCUUAUACUCAAGGAACGAGCUCCUUCUCAUCGAGUGGCUGCUGUGGCUGUUAGGAAAGAAGAGUGUGAAACCUUAAAUUUGGAUGAUGAUGAUGAUGAUGGGGUUACUGAGAUUGAUAGAUUGAAGAAAGGUGAUGAUGGUUCUCAAGUUACAUUAAAUCGACGUUCGACAUUGAGCCUGAAUUCUUCUGGGCAAUCCAAGGGAAGGCCAGCUGCUGGAACUCUCAUUGUUUGUCCCACAAGUGUCUUACGGCAGUGGGCUGAUGAGUUGCAUAAUAAGGUAACUACUGAAGCCAAUCUCUCCGUUCUAGUAUACCAUGGAAGCAAUCGAACAAAGGAUCCUUCCGAGCUGGCAAAGUAUGAUGUUGUCAUUACAACAUAUUCAAUUGUCAGCAUGGAGGUCCCAAAGCAGCCUCUGGCCGAUGAAGAUGAUGAAGAGAAACGAAGAAUUGAAGGUGAUGAUGUUCCGCACCUAGGACUUUCAUAUGGUAAGAAAAGGAAAUAUCCUCCCACUUCUGGCAAAAAAGGUUCAAAGAAUAAGAAGGGGAUGGACAGUGCAAUGCUUGAGUCCAUUGCCCGGCCUCUUGCAAAGGUGGGAUGGUUUAGGGUUGUCCUUGACGAAGCCCAGAGCAUCAAGAAUCACAGAACUCAAGUGGCUAGGGCCUGUUGGGGUCUUCGGGCAAAACGCAGGUGGUGCUUGUCUGGUACACCUAUCCAAAAUGCAAUUGAUGAUCUCUAUAGCUAUUUCAGAUUCCUCAGAUAUGAACCUUAUGCCAUCUACAAGCUAUUCUGCUCAGCAAUAAAGGUCCCGAUUCAAAAGAAUCCAAUGAAAGGGUACAGAAAGUUGCAAGCUGUUUUGAAGACAGUAAUGCUUCGUCGCACCAAAGGCACUCUUCUUGACGGGGAACCAAUUAUUAACCUACCACCCAAAGUAGUACAACUGAAAAAAGUGGACUUUACUGAGGAAGAACGUGAUUUCUACACCAGACUAGAAAUUGAUUCACGAGCUCAGUUUAAAGAAUAUGCAGCUGCUGGAACUGUUAAACAAAAUUAUGUUAACAUCUUGUUGAUGCUGUUGCGGCUUCGACAAGCUUGUGAUCAUCCUCUUCUUGUCAAGGGUUUAGAUUCAAGUUCUCUAGGAAGAUCCUCAAUUGAGAUGGCAAAGAAGCUUCCUCGGGAGAAACAAUUAUGCCUUCUCAAUUGUUUAGAAGCAUCUUUGGCAAUCUGUGGCAUAUGCAGUGAUCCACCUGAAGAUGCUGUUGUUUCAGUCUGUGGUCAUGUAUUCUGCAAACAGUGUAUCUGUGAGCAUCUUACUGGUGACGACAAUCAAUGCCCUGCAUCAAACUGCAAAGUUCGCCUGAAUGUGUCUUCAGUGUUUUCUAAAGCCACAUUAAAUAGUUCUCUAUCUGAUGAGCCUGGUCUAGAUUCUUUUGGUUCUGAGCUUGUUGUGGCAGUUAGCUCCUCCUCUGACAAUCGCCCUCAUGAUUCAUCAAAAAUUAGGGCAGCUCUUGAAGUCCUGAAAUCGCUGACUAAACCAAAAGAUUGUUUGUCUACAUGGAAUUUGUCAGAGAAUUCUGUUGAUAGAAAUCUUGCUUCUUGUGAAACCUCAUCUGAUUCUACAGGUUCACUUAAUGAUGGUACUGAUAAUAGACACCCCCCAACUAAGGUUCUUGGGGAGAAAGCCAUAGUGUUUUCACAGUGGACAGGAAUGCUAGAUUUGCUUGAAGCUGGCCUUAAAAAUUCUUCCAUUCAGUACAGGAGACUGGAUGGAACAAUGUCAGUUGUUGCCAGAGAUAAAGCUGUGAAGGAUUUCAAUACCCUUCCGGAGGUAUCUGUUAUGAUUAUGUCUCUGAAAGCAGCUAGUCUUGGACUGAAUAUGGUUGCAGCUUGCCAUGUGUUGCUUCUGGACCUCUGGUGGAAUCCUACAACUGAAGAUCAGGCAAUUGAUAGGGCACAUCGUAUUGGGCAAACUCGUAAAGUUACAGUUUUGCGGUUAACUGUAAAAAAUACUGUUGAAGAUCGUAUAUUAGCCCUCCAGCAAAAGAAGAGAGAGAUGGUGGCAUCUGCUUUUGGAGAGGAUGAAAAUGCUGGUCGUCAGACUCGCCUAACAGUGGAUGACUUGAAUUACCUAUUUAUGGUGUGA